GUAAGUCCUUCCAAAUUGCCUUUCUGAAAGGGCUUGUGGCAAUCUGUACGGCUAAUGUUGCUAAAGCUACCUUUGUCUCUGACUGUUUUCACUGACACUACUUUCACAUGCUAUCAGAAUUGUCGUAAAUGAGUUUUGUAGUUCAAAAUUGCACGUUGUUUUAUUGUUGACGGUAUGCCGGAGCACGAGCUCUUGAAGCUUCACCCUCUUCUUGAAAGGAGGCUGGGACAGGAGCACCGGCUCAUUUGCAUAUAAAGAGAAAAAUGGUGCGUUUUGGCUUAACAAUACACACUUAAGGGACAUCAGAGACAUAUUUUACAUAUUGUAAAAUGGGGCAUACUAGGUCUCAUGGAUACAAACACAAUAGUUCAUUUUUAGUUCAACAAUAUACUGCUAUAUUUUAAUUUUAAAAAUGUUAAUUUUGUAACAGUAUAUUUCAUAUUUAAGAUUAAAAAAGUUAAAGGUAUUUGUUCUCAGUGUCAUUAAUGCACUAACAACAAAAUGUUUGUGAUACCUUAUGCAUAUAUGAACAGAAAAGUGACUAUUUAAAAAAUAUGAUAAAAUAUUGUAGAUAUUGAUCUGAUCAAAAUCCAUGUGAAAGACUAUCACUUCCGUCCUGUGGCUGCGGGUCUCUCCAACCAAGGCUUAUAAAGCAUAUGUAAUGUACAUAAAUGUUGCACAGUUGGCAAAUGUUUCAACUAUGUAAUGAAAUAAACAUAUUUCUGUAACAUCUUUAACCAUAAUAUAAUGUAAUAAUACAUUAGGAAUAAAUAUAUUAAAGGUCCCAUGGCAUGAAAAUUUCACUUUAUGAGAUUUUUUUAACAUUAAUAUGAGUUCCCCUAGCCUGCUUAUGGUCGCCCAGUGGCUAGAAAAGGCGAUGGGUGUAAACCGAGCCCUGGGUGUUUUGCUUCGCGUUUGAGAAAACGAAAGCUCAGACGACCCAAACUGGAAUCUUCCCCAUAUGUCGUCAUAAGAGGAAAGAUUACCUCCCCUUUCUCUGCUUUGCCCGCCCAUGAGAAAAUGACCUACUACCGUGCGAGGGGGCGCGUUUUUUUUUUUUUUUUUCCUCGAGACAUCAUGGCUUGUAAACGAGCGAAGCAUGGCAGUUGCUCAGUGUUUGGAUGUACAGAUGAACACCGGAGUCUAUUUUUAGUUCCUUUAUCCGAGCCUAUAAAGAAACAGUGGGUUAAUUUUAUUUUCCAAAACAAUGCGCCGACACAACUUCCCAAAGUUUUGUAUGUCUGCGCCAAACAUUUUACCGACGACUGUUUCCUCAACUUGGGCCAAUACAGUGCUGGCCUUUCUGAACGUCUGAAAAUAAAGUCUGGAUCAGUACCAACUCUUCUUGGCGCAGCUACAAACCUCGGACAACGGCAAACCUCGACAGUGGCUGAUCUUCUCGCUUCUGCUGCGGAAGCUAAGAAAAAUACUGCUAUUGAUGUGGAGAAUAUUAUAAUCAGUAGUGACGAAGAUCUUGAUAUUUGUGACCAAGACAGUGUGGCCAGCAGUGUGGACAGCACAGCAGAGGAAAUGUUUAUUGAUGGUCUUGACCCUGUUUUAGAUCGACCUUCAUCUGACCUUUACCCACCAGAGGAGGACUGUGAUUCAGAGGACCACCCACAACAGAGGAAGAGAUUCCGUCUGUCGUCUUCUGAUGGAGGUGGCAGAGAGAGUGAAAAUGAUUUCUCUGGUGUAUCAACAGAAAGGUGGCACAACUCAAAUGAAGCAGAUGAUGAGCCACCUCGUAUAGACUUCACUCCUGUCCAAGAACCUGGCCCUCAGAUUUUACCGAAUAGGUGUAGCAGUCCUCUGCAGUUUUUUCAACUGUUGUUCCCUAAAACAAUGUUGCAGACCAUUGUAGGGCAUACAAAUGGCUAUGGAGCCAAGUGUCAAAAGAGAAGGGGCAAGGUGUGGGAAAACAUUUGUCAAAACGACUUGAAGUCGUACAUAGCACUGGUCAUUUACAUGGGCAUGUUCAAGUGCUCUUCACUAGCUGACUAUUGGAGUGUGUCCCAGCAUUUCAGUCUGUCCUUUCCUGCAAAAAUCAUGUCUUACCAGAAAUUUCUGUCAAUCUCCAAAGCUCUUCAUCUAAGUGACAGCAGGGAGGAUGAGAAGAACAACGUUAGGAGGGGAACAGCAGCCUAUGAACGGCUGGGUAAAAUUCAACCCCUGUAUCAAGUCAUUAGGGAGGCCUGCAAGACGUUUUUUCAUCCCUUUCAGAACAUCACCAUUGUUGAAAGAAUGGUGACAUUAGAGGCUAGAACUGGGCUCAAGCGAUGCAUGAAAAACGAAUCUCCAAACAUGGGGUACAAACUCUUUGCACUGACAGACUGCACCUGCGGCUAUACAUGGGACUUCUUUAUUUACGAGGGGAAGUCAUGUACGUCACAGAGCGAGGGCUUGAGUUACGAGUCCGUUAUGGCAUUGGUGGAUGAAAAUAUGUUGGGCUCUGGUUACAAACUGUUUGUAGACAAAUUUUACACCAGUCCCACACUCUUCAGGGACCUCCUGUGUAAAAAGAUCUGGGCUUGUGGCCCUGUUUGGGCAAACAGGACAGGUUUCCCAGAAACAACCGUGAACAGAUUGUCAAGGAACGCUCCACGCGGCACCAUGCGUUGGAUUAGGAACGACGAGCUCCUGUUUGUUGAGUGGAAAGACUCACAGGAAGUGCAGAUGUGUUCCACCUUCCACAAAGCCUAUAAAGGUGAUACUGUGCAGAGGAAAGUGAAGGGUGAUGCACAUCGAACCCUUGUGGAGGUCCCCAUUCCAGCUGCAGUGUUGGACUACAACAGGAACAUGGAGGCAGUGGAUCCACCUAAUUGCAUUACUGGACAUUACAGAGCUCUACAUAAACCGAAAAAGUGGUAUCAAUGUAUUUUUUAUCACUUUUUGGACAUCACUGUAGAGAAUGCAUUCAUCAUGCAGAAACUAAUGGCCAAGGGAAAGAACAAGAAGCCUUUGACACGAAAGACAUUCUUGGAAGUGCUUAUUUUGGAGCUUGCAGAGAUGGGUCCUCAGGAUUCAGCACCAGUUUCCUCAGCUCCCUCUUCCUCAGCAGUUCCUCCUCCUUUCCACAAGCCGAAGUACAUCACACCGGAAAAUGUUGGUAGAAGGAAUUGCAGGCUUUGCAACCAGACAACUCCAGUCAUGUGUGUGACUUGUGAUGUGAUGUUGUGCUUUCAGCCUGAGAGGGACUGUUUCAAUGAUUGGCAUGAAAAACAAGGCUUUUGAUUUAUGCUCCUCCUCUGUUUUUGGUGAAUUGCUUGAUUCCAGUUAUCGGACUAUUUAAAUUAAAUGUGUUUUGUUUGUUACAUUUGUAAAGUAGGAGGAAAGUUUGACUUUUCACACAUGACCAAAUCAUCAUCCACAGAAAUUGAAGCAAUGGCUGCUUGUGCUGAUGAUGAAAUAUUACAAAUAAAACAUACUGGAAAUGUA